AUGAGAGAAGGGUUAAAAGAGAUGGAUGACUCAAUAUUUAGAAUUCGUUCUGCGGUGAGGUACGUGAGGUCUUUUCCAAUGAGAUUGCAAAGCUUUAAGGAAUGUGUGGUGCAAGAAAAAAUUGAAAGUAAAUGUCUUCUAGUUCUUGAUGUAGAAACAAGGUGGAACUCCACUAACUUGAUGUUGGAUGUGGCUUUGAAAUUUCAGAAAGCAUUUGACUUGUUGGAAAUCCAAGAUGCUAAAUAUAAAGAUGACCUUAGUAGUAGGGAAAGGUCAAGGGGUGUGCCUACAUGUACUGAUUGGGAUUAUGCUCAAUACUUGUUGCCUUUUCUAAAAGUUUUUUAUGAUGCAACUGUACGUGUUUAUGGCUCUCUUUAUGUUAUCGCUAAUGCAUACAUGGAAGAGAUAUAUGCCAUUGGAUUGCAGAUUUUGACAUGGACUCAAACGGUAUUUGAUCCUACCAAAAAGUUAGAAUAUGUAUAUUGGACUAUUGAUAAUUCGUAUGAUGAUGUUAAUGCUGAUAAAAUGAAAACAAAAGUGCAUAACACUUUGGUUGCUUUAUUUGAGGAAUACUGGGUGGUUAAGGGUUCUCCUAUUGCGCAGUCAAGUGAGCAAUCUCAACUUGCAAGAAAUAUUGAUGUUAGUAAUCCAAAUAUUUCUCCUCAAGCCACUAUGAAGGCUAGGUAUAAACAACAAAGGGUUAGACAGCAUGCUUUGGAGCCCAAAUCUGAGUUAGAUAAAUAUUUACGGGAUUCAUAUGAAGAUGACGAAGACGAGAAUUUUGAUAUCUUGACUUGGUGGAAGAUUAAUUUAGCAACAUAUCCAAUUCUUUCUUUAAUGGCACGAGAUGUUUUGGCUAUGCCUGUUUCCACUAUUGCAUCUGAGUCAGCACUAGGGGUCAUGUAUUAG